AUGCUGGCGCGUGGAAUUAGAAAGCGCAGCCCGGUGCUUAGUCGCUGCUUUUCCAGCGCUCAAGUUCGUCCUGCCGAUUUUACCCAUGCAGUCAUCGGCGCUGGCGUUGUUGGACUUGCAGUUGCGCGACAGCUAGCAGCACGCGAAGGCACCUCGACAAUUGUCCUGGAGCGCCAUGAUGCACCGGGAACGGAGACAAGCAGUCGCAACUCCGAGGUUAUCCAUGCGGGUCUCUACUACCCUGCCGACUCCCUGAAAACAAAGCUCUGCAUCCGGGGCCGCAACAUGAUGUAUGACCUGUGCUCGAAACACGACAUCCCCCACCGCAACACAAAAAAGUGGAUCGUCGCCCAAACAGAAGAGCAAUGGGAAUACACACUUCGGGUACACAAACACGCACAAUCCCUAAGCGAUGCGCCGACCCGGCUCAUCGGCGCCGAGGAAGCAGCCCGUCGCGAGCCAGAUGUCAAAGCCGAUGCAGGCAUCGUCGAGAGCCCAACAACCGGUAUCGUGGACAGUCAUGCCUUGAUGACCUAUCUACAUGGAGAUUUCGAGAAUAAUGGCGGCGAUUGCGCGUUCAAGACACACGUGACGAACGUCGAGUACAUCCCUGGCGAGGGAUACAAGAUCACCGCCAUCUCUGAUGAAGACGGCUCCAUUACCUCCAUCACCGCAGAGACGCUUAUAAACAGUGCUGGACACGGCGCUUGCGCUAUCAACAAUCUUAUUCUCCCUAAAGAGCGCCACCGAACUCCGGCUUAUGCAAAGGGUACUUAUUUCUCCUACACCGCGUCUCGCCCGCGCACUUCUGUCCUGGUCUAUCCUGCAACAUUGCCCGGCCACGGUGGUCUAGGCACUCAUCUUACACUGGAUAUGGGUGGCCGAAUCCGUUUCGGACCCGAUGUGGAGUGGGUCGAUGAUCCAAAUGAUCUGAAGCCUAGCCCCGCGCGCAUGGAGCAAGCUAUCCCCGAGAUCCUGUCUUACAUGCCCGGUGUGGACCCGUCGGCUAUUGCGCUGGACUACUGCGGUAUUCGACCUAAAUUGACUCGUGGUGGUGGAGUGAAUAUUGGGAAGACAUUCCAGGAUUUCAUCAUUCAGGAAGAGGAAGGAUUCCCUGGGUUUGUCAAUUUGCUGGGAAUCGAGAGUCCCGGGUUAACGAGCUCGCUAGCGAUCGGAGAAAUGGUGGACGGAAUUCUCCAUCGGUAA